UUGACAUCACGGUGAUCUCACCAGUGUAACCGGAGCACUCCGGCUUCUCCUCCAGCCUGCCUUUAAAUACCAGCCCCGGCGGCAGCAGAGCCCAUCCCGAGCGGGGCAGGGCAGGACAGAGCCACAGCAGCGCUCGAUGAAAGCCCAGCCGGGCUCGGCCAUGGCCACGUCCCUGCGGGUGAGCCCCUCGGUGCACGGCUGCCGCUUCGACACCGCGCUGCGCAAGAAAGCCGCGGCCAACAUCUUCGAGAGCAUCAACGAGGCCGCUCUGCAGAAACUCUUCAGAAACUCCGGCGACAAAAAGGCGGAGGAGAGAGCCAAGAUCAUCCUCGCCACCGACCAGGACAUGGAGGAGAAAACGAGAGCGCUGAUGGCGCUGAAGCAGAGGAGAAAAGACAAGCUGCUCCAGUUUCUGACGUUUCGGAAAUACUCCAUCAAAGUCCACUGAGCUGGCGGAGGAGCAGAAAUGGAGAACAUUCUGUGACGGGACUUUGUGGCCUCCUCCCACACUCAGCAUGCUCUGCUGCCCCGUGGGCCUGGGGAGGUGACAGUGCCCACGGCACAGGGCACAGCCCCACGGCACACAGCGAGACCACGGCGGCACCGGCGCCACGGCAGCAGCACCAUGGCACACGGGUGACACCAGGAUCGUGCCCAUGGCACACCGUGUGGCCAGCAGGAUCGUGCCCGUGGCACACAGGCGACACCAGGAUCGUGCCCGUGGCACACCGUGUGGCCAGCAGUCCGGCAGUCCGGUGGCCAAGGCUGGCAGGCAGAGAGCAGCUCUCAGCAGAGGCAGAGCUCCCCCGUGGGACCCAGCUGGGACCCCACACGCCCGGGUGUCACUCGGGACCCUGUGCUGGACUUGGUGCUCACGGACCUGACCCUUUGGGUGCUCUGCCUUCUCAGCCUGGUUUCCCUAAACCAGAGCUGUGGCUGGGGGCUCUGGAGACCCCUCAGCUGCUGGUCAGGGUCACUUUGCAUUUGUUAAACACACCCAAACGCUCCGUGGGGUGCAGGAAGUUCAGCAUUUGCUCCAGAGACACUCUGCACAACUGUGCCUUUCCUUUCCAAGCUGUAUGUGUGCAGUAAAAGUCGUUUGCACAGAACCAAUAAUAAUGAGAGAUUUCCUUGAAUUUACUGUGAAGUUCCCUAAUAUUGUGUUCACUUACCACUAACACUAAUAAUCUAAAUAUAAUAACUACAGUUCUUCUCUGUGUAGGUUACAAUCACUAUUAGAUGAGUACUUACUUCAUGGCAAUAUUUUGUGACAAUGUUAUUAUUAUGUCGACAGUAAUUUAUUGCAUACAGUGAUGUGAAAACUAAUAAAUUAUGAAGUAAAUAUAAA